GACGCUCUAGCCCACGUGACCGGAAGUUAGCACGGUUCAGCAGCAGUUCCCGCGUUUGGCGACUCUUUCAAUCACAAGCGUAAACUUGGAGUAGCCCCCAGCCAUUCCGGAUAUGGAUGUUCUGUAUUUAGAUAAUAUUGACGAAUUUGUGAAUGAUCAAAAUAAGAUCGUCACUUACAAAUGGCUCAGUUUAACUCUUGGAGUCCACGUAAACACAGCAAAACAAAUGUUGUAUCAUUAUCUGCAGCAGAAACGCAAUGAAAGUUCAAGGACUCUACUUCAUGCCACCUAUCUUGUAUCUGGAAAAUGUGUUGAGAAUGGUAGUACGUGCCAUAAAGUGUCAGUAGUACGUGAGGACAAGCUUGAUGCUGUUAAAGCAAAGAUGGACAUGACUAUUAGUGUGCAUGUGUACAGUGUGCAGAGAGCUGAGCUGAAGGAUAGUUCACCUCUUUACAAUACAGAUUAUGAUGCUGUUAAGGAGAACCUAAAAAACUGCAACAAGUACAGUGCUAUAAGUUGUGCUGCUGCAGUCCCAAUGUCAUCUACUGAGCUGCAGAGAGCUCAAGAGAUGGCUUCGGUCCCUCCAGUGGAGAAAGAAAUCAGUAAAACUGGCUUAAAUGAAAACACUUCAGCUACCUCCAAACCCAGUGCUAAGCAGCCAGCGGGUAUCAUGGGAAUGUUUGCCAGCAAAAAUGCUUCUAAGAGCCAAGAAUCCAGCAUGGAAGUGAAAACAGAACAGAAAGACGAUUCUUCCCUGGUUGAAACAUCAAAAAGCAAAACAGCCUCCAAAGCGAACCCUAUGAGUAACUUCUUUGGGAAGUCUGCCCAAAAAAAGGCUGAUGAAAAACCCAACAAAAACAUUAAAGAAGAGAAGGCUGCCAGCUCAACAGCUAUUGCAAUUAUAAAAAAGUCACAGACGUCUCUCAAAUCUGAGAUUGACAUUAAAGAUGAACAAUCCAAAGUGUCCAGUGCAUUGAAGAUUGAAUCAAAAGACACUCAGAAUAAAACAAAGCGUCCUGAGGUUGUGGACAGUGACGAUGAGAAAAUGGAGAGCCAGCAGAAGAAGAGACGGCGGAUAAAGAAGCCCCACCCAGACAGCAGUGAUGAUGAGGUUGUGCCAGAUUCUCCACCUGUGCCUAAUGUGCAGACUCCCAGUCCUAAAAAAGAAGUGAAUAGAGAACCUGUUUCAAACCAAGAAGAGAACUCAGAGGUGAAGAGGAGGAAAAGGAGGCGUGUUUUGAAGUCUAACACAUUUGUUGAUGAAGAUGGUUCCUUUGUGACCGAGAAGGGUUAUGUGAGCGAGUCUUACUCUGAGAGUGAAGAGGAGCCUGAACCCAACAGUCAAGCCAAGGACUCAAGCUCACUAAAGCAUUCAUUUGGAAAAAGAGAGAAAGAGAAAAAAGAAAAAAGUCAGAAGAAGACUUCUACCACUAACAAACCUACAAAACAGCCAUCCAUCAUGGGAUUUUUUCAGAAGAAAUAACUUUUUAUUAUUAUUAUUAUCAUUAUUAUUAUUCUUUCAUGGACUUUUAAAGGAGUAGUUCACCUGGAAAUCCAAACUGUUGUUAAUUACUCAUCCUCAUGUUGUUCCUUAACAUAAAGUAUCACUGCAUGGGUUUUUCUUUCUCUUCAUAAAAGUUAAUAAAAUUUGUUAAAGAGGAGGGGAAAAAUCAGCAGAAAACAAAUAACACGAGGAUGAAGAAAUUGUGACUACGUUUGUAGGAUGAAAUAUCCCUUUAAGUGCUUAAUUUACAGCAUUGACAUUCCCAUGAAGCACAUGUGAUGCUGUAAGUUGGAAAUAUAUUUUUAUUGUCACUGUCACUCUUCAGAGACAUUGACACAGGAGAUUUCUGCUUCUACAUGAAGAACUAUUUUGUGUCGACCUUCCACCCAACUUCACAUGCUGGAUUUCAAUUCUAUGCCUGAUAGGGUUGUAUGUAAAUGUAUGAUCCCGCUGAUUUCCUUAUUAUAAGGCAACCUGGACAUGGCCAACCACUAAUAAUUCCCAUACUGUAAAGAUUGUCAAGUCUUGUUUUGUCAUUGUCUAUUUUUAGUAUUGCUGGAUAAUAAUAAAUAAAAUAAAAAAACUUUUGUUUGCAUUAA